GCAAGAUAUCGGCAGCAGUGGACGAGUGCCCCGUGAAUGGAAACCAUCUGAGUGGGAUGGUGGCCGUUGCUUGCUUCGCGCGGCCAAUCGUGACGUUGCCCCCGACAACGACGACGACCACAGUCACUGUGUCGACAACAGUCACGCAUAUUUUGAAGACGAGUGACUCCCAGCACUUCAGCUGCGAGGAGCCUGGGUGCACCGCGACCACAGUCCUUGUGGUUGAUGACUUCAACCUGACGUCUCGAAAGUGCAAGCUGACUAUGAGGAUUAACGAGACCGACUUUGAUGAACAAGACGGGACCACGGAGCGUGUGGAGUGGAUCAAGGUCGGCGGGUCGACUAUCACAGAAAGCCUGAAGCCGGGCAAGAACCCAUGCCAAGAGGCAGCUUCCGGUAAGCCGCGAGAGUAUGUGAACUUCACCAUCCUGGAUGGGAAGGAUGUCGCAGACAAAAUUGCCGACGGCAUGCUCUUCGUGUCCUUGAAGAUCUCGGACAUGGUUGACGAGUGCUCCGUGGACGGCCGCCUCCUGGAUGGUCAAGCCGACCUAUCCUGUAGCUGA